CCAUUUUGGGUUCCCUUUUUCCGUUGGUUCGUUGCCUUUGGUUCCCCUUUCGUGUGUAUUGUUUGUUUGUUUUUUAGUCAGUGCAUCCGAAGACGAAGAGCGCCUGGUGCGUGACCUCUUUCGAGGCUACAAUAAACUCAUACGACCCGUACAAAAUAUGACACAAAAAGUUGGAGUAAGAUUUGGUUUGGCGUUCGUACAGCUAAUCAAUGUCAAUGAGAAAAAUCAAAUUAUGAAAUCAAACGUUUGGUUACGUUUGGUUUGGUACGACUAUCAGCUACAGUGGGAUGAGGCUGACUACGGCGGUAUCGGGGUGCUGCGGCUGCCUCCGGAUAAGGUUUGGAAGCCGGACAUUGUGCUCUUCAAUAACGCCGAUGGCAACUAUGAGGUGCGCUACAAAUCCAACGUGCUCAUCUAUCCCACGGGGGAGGUGCUUUGGGUACCGCCCGCGAUUUAUCAGAGCUCCUGCACCAUCGAUGUCACCUACUUCCCCUUCGAUCAGCAGACUUGUAUCAUGAAGUUCGGCUCCUGGACCUUUAAUGGCGAUCAAGUGUCGCUGGCUCUCUAUAACAAUAAGAACUUUGUGGAUCUGUCGGAUUACUGGAAAUCGGGUACUUGGGAUAUUAUCGAAGUGCCCGCCUAUCUGAAUGUUUACGAGGGAGACAGCAAUCAUCCGACAGAGACGGACAUUACAUUUUACAUAAUCAUUAGACGCAAAACUCUGUUCUACACGGUCAACUUGAUUCUGCCCACGGUAUUGAUUUCAUUCCUCUGCGUGCUCGUCUUUUAUUUGCCCGCCGAGGCCGGCGAAAAGGUCACGCUGGGCAUUAGUAUUCUGCUGUCACUGGUUGUGUUCCUGUUGCUGGUGUCGAAGAUUCUGCCACCCACAUCGCUGGUGCUGCCGCUGAUCGCCAAGUAUCUGCUGUUCACCUUCAUCAUGAACACGGUCUCCAUUCUGGUCACCGUCAUCAUUAUCAAUUGGAAUUUCCGUGGUCCGCGCACACAUCGCAUGCCAAUGUGGAUACGCUCCGUUUUCCUGCAUUAUCUGCCCGCCUUUCUGUUCAUGAAGCGUCCGCGCAAGACACGCCUCCGCUGGAUGAUGGAAAUGCCCGGCAUGAGCAUGCCAGCACAUCCCCAUCCCUCGUAUGGUUCCCCCGCCGAGUUGCCCAAGCAUAUCAGCGCAAUUGGCGGCAAGCAGUCCAAAAUGGAGGUCAUGGAAUUGUCGGAUCUGCAUCAUCCCAAUUGCAAGAUCAAUCGCAAGGUGAACAGUGGCGCCGAGUUGGGUCUUGGCGAUGGUUGUCGCCGUGAAAGUGAGUCCUCCGAUUCCAUCUUGCUCUCCCCGGAGGCCAGCAAGGCCACCGAGGCAGUGGAGUUCAUUGCCGAGCAUCUGCGUAACGAGGAUCUCUACAUACAAACUCGCGAGGAUUGGAAGUACGUGGCAAUGGUCAUCGAUCGCUUGCAGCUUUAUAUCUUCUUCAUUGUGACCACAGCCGGCACUGUUGGUAUUCUUAUGGAUGCGCCACAUAUCUUCGAGUACGUUGAUCAGGAUCGCAUUAUUGAGAUCUAUCGUGGAAAGUAAAGGAAUAUCCCUAAUUCUUCCAAUUGGACAAAAACUAAGCAAAAGGUUAAACAUUGCAAAAGGCAACAAUAAAACAUUAAACGAAAACAUUUAAGCGGAUUUUUAGAUUUUAAUAAUGACAAUUAGAAAAAAAAAUAUUUCGAAACGAAACGAAACGAAAUGAUUGGCAAAUUGGCUAAUUUAAACUUAGGGCUAGCAGCAAUUCAAGUUAAAUACAAAUAACAAAAAUAAUUAUCC